GUGCGAGCCUUAGUUUGCCCAAGGCGAGGGAGGGCGAGAGAGGCGGGGAGCGAGCGCACGCCAUCAUCCGAGCACACUUGGACAAGUUCGAUUCCAAGUUGUUGUUGUUGUUGGCGGUGGGCUACGCGCGCAACAGCAGCGAGGAGCGGCGUGCACAUGUAGCUUUCACUUUCCACUGCCUCCUUCUUCAAGAGUCACCACAGAGGGAAGGGACGAGGCCAGGCGGGACAGGCGUCAUUCCAGUUCCUAAAAGCCAACGGAAAGUAGACUAUUUGAAGAAGAAGAAGAUGAACGCCAGCGACGAGAACCUGCUCAAGUCCAUCAGCAACGACGCGCUCCUCGACCUGACGCAGCGCUACGGUCAGUCCGCCUUCGGCUUCGGCGCCGCUCACGGUGCAGGAAGCCCGGGUCGCUUCCCUCUCACGCCGGCCGCCGACUUCCUGAGCGGGCAGACGGCCAAGUCCAACGAGAGCGGCGGAGAGCACACCAGCGACGACGAGGACGGCUUCGACUCCCUGGAGUCGCGGAAAAGAGGCGUUCCGUUCGGGGACGACAAGCCCGGGGGUCCCCUGGCCAAGAAGUCCAAGGAGCAGCGCUCUCUGCGGCUCAGCAUCAACGCCCGGGAGAGGCGGAGGAUGCACGACCUCAACGACGCGCUGGACGGCCUGAGAGCCGUCAUCCCUUACGCCCACAGUCCGUCGGUGAGAAAACUCUCCAAAAUAGCGACUCUGCUCCUGGCCAAGAACUACAUCCUCAUGCAGGCUCAGGCUCUGGAGGAGAUGCGGCGGCUGGUGGCCUACCUCAACCAGGGACAGAGCCUCUCCUCCCCGAUCCCCACCGCCCUGGCGCCUUUCGGCCAGGCCGCCGCCGUGUACCCUUUCUCGGGCUCGGCCCUGGCCAACUGUGCCGACAAGUGCUCUACUUUCUCCGGUACACCGUCCACUCUCUUCAAACAUUGUAACGACAAGCCUUGAUCUGUCCCAAGUGUCUUUUCCCCCUGAACUUUUCAACCAUUCUGAAUCAGCACUGCUCUUUCAUUCCCUCUAGUUAUUUUGAAAUCAUGCUGUGGGAUUAAAAAAAAAGAAAGUAUAAUCUUGCAUAAUUUUGAUCAAGUAAUGCUGCAAUGUAACGAAAACCGCAUAGGUAUAAAUUGGUUAGGCCUUCUUAUAAAGUCAAGCCCUAAAUGAGACCAGGCCAUGUCCAAAUGUUCUAUUAUUUUUGAAUUGAUGUUAUCUAUGCAACAUCCAACAACAACACAUAUAAGCAGAGUGACUUUUUAAUUUCCACAAAAUAAUUUCACUUCAUGUUUUGUUGCCUAUUUUUUUCCAGAAUAAUGUAUUAUUUUUGUCAAGGUCUUGCACAUGUCACAUGAUUGUAUUGUUCAAAUGUGGGAAAAAUUUUUACAAACAAUGCUAAUACACUCAUGGCGUGCAAUUAAAAAAGUGUUUUCGGUUGAGUUGCAACAUGAAUUUCAUUAAUUGUUUACAUGUGUUUAUAAUUAAAAAAAAGUCAUAUAUAUGAUUGGACUCGUUUUGAUUCAUUUACAAUGCAGGUUCUGUGCAAUUUGCCUAUGGUCAAUAUCAUAGUUUUACUAUUGUUAAACACUAAAGAAUGGCAUUUUUUUUACAUGAAAGUAAGAGCAAAUAAGACUAAUCCUUUAAAUAACAAAUUCAUAAAAUUAUUCCUGGUGGGUAAGUGACUCUCAAAAUGAAUUUGAAGCUUUGCUGUCUUGCAAGAGAACCUCCGUGCUGGUGGGUCCACUUUGGCAAGCAGGGUCGGUGGCAUGAAGGGGGGAGAGCGUAAGAGCCGCCCGGGGCCACCCAGGACCUGUCUCUGGGUAUUUGGCUGAUCUCAGGCUCCCAUGGCGCGCUCUUACACCCCGGACAGCUAUUAGCACGAUUUCAGCUCCUGUCUGCCUGCUUCACUUUAGGCGGGGAACGUUGCAAGGCCAUGUUUUCUUACAUGGGGUGAAUUUGGAAAAAAAAACAAUUAUUAAAACACCUUUAACAAAUAAGUGUUUACUGUAUCUUCUACACCAAAAUGUGGCGGUUGGUAUUUUAAUGCAUGUGCCUUAAUUCCAGCUGGCUCAGUAAUUUCAUCUAAAUUUAAAUGUAUAACUGAAUAAGGUGCAUUUGACUAAAUCAUAAUUUUUUAUAUUGCAAACCAACUGUUUGUUGUUUUUGCCCUGUUUAAGUCUGUUUUCAUAUCAGACAUUAAGAGUCUCUCUUUCUGCAAUUUAGCUGCAUGUCACAACAGCAGCCCCGCAUGGCAUCUUAAAUUGCCCCCACUGAUGACAAGUGACUUGUCAGUGGCCCCACAUCAGGGAUGUGAUGUGACACACACUAGGAUGCCCUGGCCCAUGCAGUGCUACCUUAUUGUCAUAAAUUGAUAUGGUUGCUUUUUUUGUUGCAUGAAUGGAUGUGUGUGUGUGUGUGUGUGUGUGUGUGUGUGUGUGUGUGUGUGUGUGUGUGUGUGUGAGUGUGUGUGUGUGUGUGUGUGUGUGUGUGUGUGUGUGUGUCCAGGUGAUAUAAAUGCUGUAUUGU